AUAAAAAUGUAUCUACAAUUGAAUGUGCGAAGAGAAGUGCUUUUUUUGCUUCUACACAUCAUUAUUUGCAACUUGACUCAAAUUAAUACAGGAGCCGCUAUGGGAUACUCCUCUAUAGUACUUCCGAUAUUGACAAGUAAUAUGUCAUCGAUAACUUUAAAUGAAAUGGAAGUACCUUUAUUUGUUUCUAUUGUAUCUAUCACCCAAAUCAUCGGUUGUCUUUUAUGCCUUAUUACCAUGAACUAUGGAAGACGAUGUACUAUGAUAGUAUGCGGCAUAAACUUUUCUUUAGGAUGGAUCUUGAUUGCGAGUAGUUAUAAUGUGAUACAGCUCUUUAUCGGUAGAGCACUAACAGGAAUUGCCAUGGGUCUUACCUCAUCUUCUAUUGAAAUUUAUUUAGCAGAAAUCUCUAUACCUUCAUGGAGAGAAAUAAUUACAACUACUCCGAAUACAUCACUUUCUAUUGGAGUUCUAGUCGUCUAUUGUCUAGGAUUUGUUGCACAGAACAAUUGGAGACUGAUAGCAGCAUUUUUUAUCAUACUUUCGAUAUUGUUUCUGUUAUGCAAUAUUUUUUUCAUCCAUGAAAGUCCUGAGUGGUUGCUUUUAAAAAACAGAAUGGAGGCAGCUCGGAUCUCUCUACUUCGAAUCCGUGGUCUGCGUCAGGAAACGAUAGAGUUCCAAAAAGAAUUUGCCGAAAUGAGGAAUUGCAAUAAAAUGGCAAAUAAUCAUGAAAUGCCAAGAAAUUGUCAACCAGAUAUCGUUUUAAAUAUAGAGGCCGAAAAGGGGUCAUCUUUAAACUGGAAUAUGAGAAAUAAGUUCAAGCAUAUCCAAAGAACAAUACUUUUACCAGAAGUAUGGAAGCCUUUUGUGAUAUUAAAUCUCUACUUUCUUUGGCAACAAUUUAGUGGAUUAUAUGUGAUUAUUAUUUAUGCUGUCGAUAUGAUUAAGAGAAUCGAUAUCACAAUAGACCCCUUCUUCAUCACAGUCAUAGUAGGAGUAGUUCAAUUAAUAGGCAAUAUGGUAACUACAUUUUGCAGCAUGAGGAUUGGUCGUCGAACUAUUUCAAUUGUAUCCGGUAUCGGUGUAUCAAUUUCUUUGAGCGCUUUAACAAUGUAUCUACAAUUUUUUGAGGACACCGGUGCUGCGGUUGUACCUCUUGUUUGCAUCCUUUUCUAUGUGGGAUUCGGAUCUUUCGGAUUUCUUAUGGUGCCUUGGUCCAUGAUUGGAGAAUUAUAUCCUACUAAGUACAUAAAUGUUCUCGGGUCACUUACCACUACUAUCGCCAAUUCAUAUAACUGCAUCAUCGUACAAUUAUAUCCAGUGAUGGUAACGCAAAACAGAAAUGCCACCUUUUACUUUUACUGUAUAAUAUCCAUUAUUGGAACUUUUUUUGUAAUGGUGGCGUUACCGGAGACACGAGGGAAGACAAGAGCUCAGAUAGAAGAAACUUUUAAAAAGAAAUUGCAGAUAGUAGAAAUAGUAGAAACCUUUAAGAAAAUUGAAAAUGUAUACUAAAUAAUUGAAGCAUCGAACG